AUGGUGUCAUAUUUCUCCGCCAUCAACGUGCAGGACCCAGAGGUGUUCGAGAAGGAAGGGAGCGACAAGAUCGUGGGGGUGAGCAGCGUCCGCUUCGUGGCGAGGAGUACCGGGGAGGAGUUGCGACAUCCGCUGGCGCAGAUUGUGCAAGUGGAUUUGGAGAAGGGGAUGAUGACGGAGAUGAGGCUCCUGUAUUGGGAUGUGGCGGGGGUAAAUCAGGCGCUGGGGAUUUGA